AUGGACCGCCGGGAAAUGUGUCAGGCCCUGCAAAGAGGCGUUGCAGUUCGAACACGGUGGACGCCGAUGGCGCAGCCCUUCAAAGCGCGUCUGGCGGUCAUGCUGGGUGCAGCGGCGGAGACCCUCACAACGGCUGGAACGUGUGAAAGCACUGGACUCUUUUUCUUGCAGAAUUAUUCAAGCAUGGUGGCUGUGGAACUUCUUAUGCGGCAGCUGCGCAGCUUCGACUUCCAGGACAAACAGUCAUUGUCGCUUUUAGAUGCCUGUGCCGUACCGGGGGGUAAGAUAAGUCUUUUGUUGUCUUUACUGCAGGAGGAGGCGCAAGUGACGGAUUUCUUCCCCUAG